AUGUCGGAAGUACCAGAACCGCGGAUUAUCGAAAACCCAGAUGGGUCCAAGACUAUUAUUUCCUUCAAGAUAGAUGGCGGGAAGAAGUUGAAGAUCACACAGCGGGUCAAAGAGAUCAAAAUCACAGAAAAGGUGAACAAAUCGAUCGCCGAGCGGCGCAAGUGGGCCAAGUAUGGGGCAGAGGCAGGCUCGGGGCCGGGUCCAAACCUGUCGACGACGAAGCUGGCCGAGGAGCUGCAGCUGAGACUGGCUCCAUCGCUGAAGGAGGUUCGCGAACAGGACAGCAAGGAGAAGGAGAAGGAGAAGCAGGAGGGCGAGAAGAGCUUGUAUGUGUGCCGUACGUGUGGUAUUCCGGGUCAUUUCACGACGAAGUGUCCGUUCCGCGACAUCCUGGGCGAGAUGAGCGGUCCGGCCGAAGGCGAGGGCGGACUGGACGCGGCGGUGGACACCGCCAUGCCUGCAGCGUCUGCGCCUGGCAAGUACGUGCCGCCUUCGCGCCGUGCGGGUGGCAGAGACCCUUCGUCGGACGUCUACAAGGACCAGCGGGAGCGCGACGAUGCCAUGACGCUGAAGAUCAUGCAGCUGAACGAAAACGCCGACGAGAUGACGAUCAAGCAGAAGCUUCUCUCGCCAUUCCCCAACGUGCCUAGGGUGGCGGUUGUUAGGAAUAAGGAGACAGGUAGAUCCCGUGGUAUUGCAUACGUGACCUUCGCCUCGGAGAAGGACGCGGAGACCGCUUUGAGACUGCUACAUGGUAGAGGUUUUAUGAACUUGAUUCUGCAGGUAGACUGGUCCAAGCCAAAGAAAUGA